AGAAAGUAAGUGAAAUGGAACAAAAAGUCCAGUUACAUCUUCUGGCUAAAGAAGAUCAUCAGAAGCAACUGAAUGAAAUUGAGAAAUAUUAUGGCACGAUAACAGGUCAAUUUGGACUGGUAAAAGAGAAUCAUGAAAAGUUAGAACAAAAUGUACAGGAAGCAAUACAGCUAAACAAAAGACUUUCAGCUUUAAAUAAAAAACAAGAAUCUGAAAUAUGCAGUUUAAAGAAGGAACUAAAACAAGUUACGUCAGACUUGAUAAAGUCCAAGGUCACAUGUCAACAUAAGAUGGGAGAAGAAAACAUCCAUUUAACAAUUAAAGAACAAAAAUUUCAAGAACUUCAAGAAAGACUCAACAUGGAGUUGGAAUUAAAUAAGAAGAUUAAUGAAGAGAUCACACAUAUUCAAGGAGAAAAAAAGGAUAUCAUCAUUUCUUUCCAGCAUAUGCAACAGUUACUUCAGCAUCAAACUCAAGUUAGUACUGAACUGGAAGCAAAGUUGAAGGUGUUAAAAGAAAAUAAUCAGACCCUUGAAAGAGAUAAUGAGCUGCAAAGGGAGAAGGUAAAAGAAAAUGAAGAAAAGUUCCUUAAUCUUCAAAAUGAGCAUGAGAAAGCACUGGGAACUUGGAAAAAGCAUGUUGACGAACUUAAUGGAGAAAUUAAUGAAAUUAAAAAUGAGUUAUCAUCACUUAAAGAAACUCAUAUUAAGUUACAAGAACAUUACAAUGAAUUAUGUCAUCAGAAGAAGUUUGAGGAAGACAAGAAGUUCCAGAAUAUUCCAGAAGUAAAUACUAAAAACAGUGAAAUGUCAAUGGAAAAAUCAGAAAACAUCAUCAUACAGAAAUACAAUUCUGGGCAAGGAAUAAAGAAAGAUACUUUGAGUUUUUGUUCAGAUACUAACUACAGAGAAAAGGAGAAGAAAGAAGGUCCAUUUAUAGAAGUCAUUAUAGAAGAUUUACAGCUUUUUGAAAAAAGCUCAAAGAAUGAAACUGAUCCUGCUAUAUCUCAGGAUAAAAAUCAGAGUGAAAUCUCCCUAAGCAAAACCCUUGGCACAGAAAAAGAACUAAUUAGUCAAGGACAAACCUUGAAUGUUACUGACUUUAGAAAAGCAGUUACUUCAGAAAUAAAAGACAAGGUGGGUUCGGGAAAAGACAAUGGAUGUACAGAAUUUAAGUCACCAAACAAUUCUUUUUUAGUGGUAGAUAGAUCAAUAGAAACAGAAAAGAUACGCCUAGAAAGAACUGAAGGAUUCGAUCUUCACCAUGCAGAUGUCCAUCUGGAGGUUGAAAAUAACAGAUCAUCUAACAGUAUAUUAAGUGAGAUGAUGGCUCACCAUACAAAUCAAAAGAAAGAUGUUUCUGAAGAUGAACCAUUCAUACAAUUCAGAUUGCUUCCAGGGAUUCAAGAAAAUGCCACAGAGAAGGAACUUACAAAUAGUGACCAAACCAAAGCAGAUCUGGAUUCAUCUCUCAACGUAAAAAAGAAUGCUGUUCAGUGUCAGAAAUACAGUUUACAGGAGUCAAGUAAUGUUAUGUUAGAUGAUAAACAAUGUAAAAUAAACCAGAUGCAACUGUUAAAUAAAAAAAGUGAGUGCAGUGUAUUGCCAUUUAAACAAACUUCAGUUUUUCAGCAGAUCUGUAGUAAUACUUCAGAGAAACCUGAACUAACUAUUCCCUCUGAUACAGCAACUAACCACCCUAUUUCAUCGGCUGCUUUCAGUGAGAAUUUGAAAGUACUUAAGAAUUCAGAUAAAAAUGUUAAUAUUAUGCCUAUGUUGGUGAAACCCAACUCCAGCCCUAGUGAAAGAACUAUAUGGAAAAAUCUGAAUGAGAUGCACACUAGUCAACUGAAGAACUGUUUGGGAUAUUUAGGAAACAGUGCAACCACUUCCCAUCUUCAAGUUAAAAAUGAGAAUAUACAUACAUCACAAGCAAAAGACAUGAAAACUGCUGUUCCUACGCAAACUUCCACAGAAAUACAGUUUUCUAAUAAAGAGAGUCAGAUUGAUGAGAAUCAGGUAACUGACGCCACAAAAAAUGACCUCUUCCUUUUUGUGAAUGUCAAUGAAAGACAGCAUUCAUUGUUAGAUAAUACAGAGAAAACAGAGUCAUUAAAUGACAUCGUUUCAGGAAAAAUUUACAGUGAAGGACAGCUGGAAGAAUCAUGUUCAUUUCACAUAAAGCCAUCUGGAGAUUUAGUAAACAGAAGUGGAAGGUCAGCCUUUGAUCUUUCAACUUCAGAUAAAAAAACUGAGAAAAUUCCAGUAUAUGUGAAUUUCUUAGACCCUAGUCCUUGGUCAAAAGUAAAUCAAACUAAAAGUCAAACACUGAGCACUUCAACUUCUAGCAUUCCUUUGUUGAAGGAGAGACCAGUAGGCCCAUCAGAAAACAAAAAUAUGGUUUCAAUGACACUUUGUAAAAACGAUGAUGAUGAUAUCAAGAAGGAUAUUGGACCAGAUACUACCAGCAUUAACAGAGUUGCUGACACUUUGAAUAACUCGAGUAUCCAUCCAGAUCCCAAGGGAGAGCCCAGUGAAGAGAGGAAUGCAACUGCAAAGACUUUUUACGAUUCUUCUUUUCCCACAGAACACGUGAAAAUAAAGCCUCUGAAAUCAGUUCUGCUCCAAAGCCAUUUUCAGGCAACCAAGAUUAAAGAUCCUGCCGAUGUGGCUGCACCUUCUACUGUUGAAGAUGACUGGCAGAGCCUAGUAACAAAUCAAAUUAACGAAAUCGAAAACUUCCUAAGCUUAGAAAAUGACAACCAACCUAAGAAAAGAAAAGCAGAAGAGAUGUUGGAAAAAAUGACAGAUUAA